AUGGCGACCGUCUGCGAAGCGACGCUGGACUCGCCGUACUCGAAGAAGGACGGCGGCGGCGGCGAAUGCGGCGUAUCCGGCGGCGUCUCGAAGCGCGACGGCGAGGAAGCGGCGCCGCCGCGGUCGCUGACCUCCCCGCUCCGCGCGAAGAUCGAGAGCGACAACGCGUUCGGGGGAAGCCCAGAGCUUCCGCCCAUCGUUCGAGCGCUCGCGGAGGACGCGAAAGGGAUGCGCGCGCGGCUGAAGCGCUACAGAGACGAGCGCGAUCGCGGCGAGAAGACGCUGAUCGCGCAGAGGGUGCUGUGCGCCAAGCUGCAGGACAAGAUCAUCGCGCUGGAGAGCGCGCUGGCGAAGUUUGUAAACGGCGCGACGCGCGAAACCGCGUUGCGAGAGCUACGAAAGGCGCGAACCGCGUGCGAGCUCAUCGACGCCGCCGAGGCGAAGGCGACGGACGCUUCGAAACGCGCGACGAUCGAACGCAAAUCGAAAGAGGCGGACUCGAAGAAGCACCGCCGCGCGAUGCUUCUGCUCGAGCGCGAGCGCGAAGACGAGCGAAGAGAGCACGAGAAGACGCGCGCGGCGUUGUUCGACAAGGAUCGCGAGGCGAGGGCGUUCGCGUUGAGAAUUCGAACGCUCGCGAAGAAGCUGAAAGACGCCAACGACGCGGUCGCGGCGGCGACGCUUCAGAAGGACACGCUCGAGGGGCGGUGCACGACCCCGGGGACCGCCGAGGACGUCGUCGAGCUCGAGGUCGAGGCGCCCGUCGACGCGCCCGAAGCGGUCCCCGAGGAAGAGGAAGAGGAAGCGCCGCUCGCCCUCGAGGCCGUCGCGUCGCCGGCGGCCGUUCCCGCGCCGCCUCAAACUCAAACGCCGCCGAUCGUGGUGAACAUCGUGAUCGAGCCCGUGGAGCGCGCGCACGUGAUGCUGUGUCUGAUCCACGACGACGCGCCGGCGACGCGCAUUGAAUCGGAAUCGCCGCUCGCGCCGCCGCCCCCCGCCGCGCUCAUCGCGGAGGACGAGAAAGAAGAUGAAACGCCGCCUAGUCCGCCGCCGCCGGACGAAACCGAAACCACCGCCGCCGACCGACACCGGCGCGACCCCGCCGCUGAGUCGCCGCGCGUCCGGGAACAGACCCCCGCCGCCGCCCGCGGGCGACGCCGAGAUCGCGCGUUGGCCAGAGAAACAGAAACCGACCGAGCCGAAGAAGCGCGACUCGGGGCCGAGAAGCGGCGUCUCGAACUCGAACGCCGACGCGGCGCGGCGGUCCAGGUCCGGCGGCGGGAAAGCGCGGCCGCCCCUCGCCGCCGCGGGAGGGAGGACGUCGAAGGCGUGAAGGGAGCGAAGCGAAACAAAGCGAGAGGAACGCUCUCGCGUGUACAAAUCAUUUACUGUAUCGUCGUCGUUCUUUUACCAGUCUUUUACAUUCAUCGUCGUCGCGAACGAAGGCGCGCCCCUUUCGCGCGCGCCGUUCCGUUCGUUCGCUCGCGCGCCACACCCUAA